AUGUCACUCAACGUCCUGUCCCUGCUCCAGAUGGUUUCGCUGCCGCGCUCCUGGCUAGUCACCACAGGGUCCGUCACCACGGGUUCCGAGGCCUUCGCCCCGCCCGUGCUUCAGGGCGCGCGGGCGCCGGCCGCGCCAGGGCGCCUUGGCUGCCGCGCUGCGUCCUGCGGGUCCGCGGCGCGCGCCGCAGGACUCUCGCCCUGGCGCGCUCGCGGGCGGCCCGCGCCCGGCGCCGCCAGCUCGCUCGCCGCCGGCUUCGGGAGGUCCUGGGACGAGAUUCAGUUCGACGGCGUUGACGAGCUCGAGGAGGAAGAGGAGGAACCGGAGCCGGAGAGCAACCUGAGUACCAGCCUCGUUGUGCAAGAGCCUGGCGCCGGGCUGCUGCAGUUGCAGGAGCUCUGGGACGAGUUCUUGAAGACGGGCGAGGAGCGCGAGCUUCACGAGUGGGACAUGGUGCGCCUGCACAAGGCCCUGCAGCGCGACGUGGCCAGCUGUCCGCACGUGGACACGGCUGCCUGGGUGAUCCACGCCUUGGAGGAGCUGGAGUACGAGGACGACGUGACGGUGGAGGCCUACACGCAGGUACUCAUCGACCGGUCCGACGAGCUGCAGGCGCAGUCCACGCUGGACGCGGUGAUCAGCCUGGGUAACCUGUUUUGGAGCGACACCGACGUCCUGAACGCGCUGUGUCUGGCCGUCAGGCGACAGUUGUCCGAUUUCACCACCGAGGAGGUGAUACGCCUCUCCAACAGCCUGGUGCGGAUGGGCGGCAUCGACAACACCAGGAACGCCGGCCUGUUCUUCGAGGUUCAGAAGCGGGUGAAUUUGCCCCACGUCAAGGAGUUCUUAUUAGAAGCGCUGAACCGCGACGGCCGCUACUACCAGGAGGCGUCCGAGGAGGUGAACCAGAUAAUGAGGGCGCUGCCGCCCAUGCCCAACAAGAAACUCAAGGACCGGUUGGAGAACUACUUGGAGGAUGAGAUCGCGCAGGCCCGUCGGGCGUCCAAUGAUGCGGCGCGGAUGUUCCAGGAGCGGCAGGCGCACAAGCUUGAGCACUUUCAGGAGGACCUGAAGGCGAUCAAGCAGGCUCAAGAGAAGAGGCGCCUCCAGGAGGCCCGCGAUCCCGACGGAUAG